CUCAAACGCCGUACAAGUGAAAAGAGGCAAAACAUCAAUGGGUGUUACUUGUGUGUGCCAGGUACCCGUGGCGGAGGGGAAGAGUGUGCAGCAGACUGUGGACAUGCUGCACAAAAAGCUGGAGCAGCUGGGUGCCGUGAAGCAGGGCAGUUUCUGCGUGGACUGUGAGACGUAUCAUGCCACUGCCAAUUCCAGCGGUCAGCCCUCCAAGCUCUUAUAUGUGAUGCACAACUCUGAAAUCCCCCUGAGCUGCCUGGCUCUGUUUGAAGGUGGACCCUGCCUAAUAGCAGAUGCAAAUUUUGACGUCCUCAUGGUGAAGCUGAAAAGUCACUUCCAGAAUGCCAAGGGACACAAGGUGGAGUCUCGCGGUUCGAGAUAUCGAUACUGCGACUUCUUGAUAAAAGUUGGUACGGUGACAAUGAGCUCUAGUGCCAGAGGGAUAUCAGUAGAGGUGGAGUACUGCCCUUGUGUUGUUCCUGGGGACUGCUGGAAUCUCAUGAAGGAGUUUAUGCAGUCCUUUCUCGGUCCCAGUGUCCCUGAACUGCCAUCUGUGUUUGCCGCCAAGCCCGAGGGACUUUUUGCGCCAGCAGACUGUGUUGACACCAUGACUCAGUACCUGGAGUUGUUCAACAAACUGCGCAAACUGCAAAUUCCUGGAAGUAAUGUGCGCUGAGUCUGCAACGAAGAUAUCGCGGGGUUUUUUCCCCAUGUUUGUACAGAUGUUUGUAUAUUUCUGGUCCUAUGGAUCAGCGUGGUACCCAGGCAUUUUUAAAAGUCUGAGGUUUUAUUAUCAUUUGUGGAACUGCACAUUUGCAUUUGACCCGUCUACUUAAUGAAUGCAAUAAAGGAACAUGGUAAAGACAA